UGGGGCCGUACUGGCUGCUCCUUCGAUGGCAACGGCAACGGGCACUGCCAGAGCGGCGACUGCGGCAAACUCGCCUGCACCUCCUACGGCUCCCCACCCAACACCCUCGCCGAAUUCGCCCUCAACCAGUACCAGAACCUCGACUUCAUCGACAUCUCCCUCGUUCAGGGAUUCAACGUGCCCAUGGACUUCCGCUCCACCUCGUCCGACUGCAGCGUAGACAUCCAAUGCACUGCCGACGUCGUUGGGCAGUGCCCCAGCGCACUCAAAGUGGCCGGCGGCUGCGAUGACCCAUGCACCAUCUUCAACGCUCCUCAAUACUGCUGCCCUAGCGGCUCCAGCUGCGAGCCGACCACCUAUUCCAAGUUCUUUAAGAGCCUGUGCCCGAACGCGUUUAGCUAUCCGGAUGAUUAUACCAACACCCAAUUCACCUGCCCCGGUGGGAGCAACUAUCAGGUCACCUUCUGCCCUUGAAGCUUUGAGGGCAUGUUGAUCUAUGCGUGAUUAAUUCUAUUUGGAGUAUGUGAUAGCUAGCUUUGGAAUAAGGUUAUUGUAACCAGAUUUGCAUCCAUUACACGAGCGUGUAAUGCAGCAAUAAGGGAAAAAUUAAUAGAAACGUCGCAUACAAUAUAAUAUUUUACUGUUAGUAAA